UUUGAUGAGACACUUGAGCCGCCUCCUGUGUUGCCGGGGCGGCAGGAGGCGGCCGGCGGCACUGGGCGCCCCGGAGAGGAUGUGACUUCCCGGAGGGGACCCGGCCAGGCUUUGUGUGGACGGCAAGUUCCACCAAGUGAGAAGAGUGAUGACCAUCCUUUUCCUUACUAUGGUUAUCUCAUACUUCAGUUGCAUGAAAGCUGCCCCGAUGAAAGAAGCUAGUGUAAGGGGACAAGGCAGCUUGGCUUACCCAGGUCUGCGGACCCAUGGGACUCUGGAGAGCCUAAACGGGCCCAAUGCUGGUUCAAGAGGACUGACGUCGCUGGCAGACACUUUUGAACAUGUCAUAGAGGAGCUUCUAGAUGAGGAUCGGGACGUGCAGCCCAGCGAGGAAAACAAGGAUGCAGACUUGUACACAUCGCGAGUCAUGCUGAGCAGUCAAGUGCCUUUGGAACCCCCCCUGCUCUUCCUGCUUGAGGAGUACAAAAACUACUUGGAUGCUGCAAAUAUGUCCAUGAGAGUCCGGCGCCACUCUGACCCAGCUCGCCGAGGGGAACUGAGCGUAUGUGACAGUACGAGUGAGUGGGUAACAGCGGCAGAGAAAAAGACUGCAGUGGACAUGUCUGGUGCGACUGUCACAGUCCUUGAAAAAGUUCCAGUACCCAAAGGCCAACUGAAGCAAUACUUCUAUGAGACCAAAUGCAACCCCAAGGGGUACACGAAAGAGGGUUGCAGGGGCAUAGACAAGAGGCACUGGAACUCCCAGUGCCGAACUACCCAGUCUUAUGUGCGAGCUCUCACCAUGGAUAAUAAAAAGAGAGUUGGCUGGCGGUUUAUAAGAAUAGACACUUCCUGUGUAUGUACAUUAACCAUUAAAAGGGGAAGAUAGUGGAUUCAUGUUGUAUAGAUUAUAUGGAGACAAAAAUAUCUAUUUGUA